UAUUACUUUCUCCGGCUUGCUUCCUUCAGGUUUUUGCCAAGAAGAGCACUAAUUGAUUUCCCUAGGUUCUUCUCUUAUAAAUUUGAGGAAGCUGACGUUCUCACCGUAUUUGUCGGCUCCUUACCAUGUUAUUCACCCUUCCCACAACUUAUUAUUUUUUGAUUUUAUGUAAAAAUAUUUUUAUCCUACUAAAAUUACUACUCUAAUAGAGUACCCUUACAAUUAGGUUGUUCUUCACUAGUUUCCACAGGAAUUUUUUGUAAAAAUUUUUUAAAAAAUAUUUUUUCUUUUUUCACAGCCCUUAAUCCAUUAUUUUUUUAAUUUUAAAUAAAUUUAAUUAUUUUAUUUUUAAUUUUUUACAUGCCCUUUUCUAGUCUCAACAACAAAAUCAACCAGAUAUUCCAAAACCAAAUUAUAAAAUAUUAACAAAAAAUGAAUUAACAACAACAAAGCAGGAAGCAGCAAUAAUGCCAAAAUCAUAUAUAAAAUAUAUUGAAAAUGAAGGGGAAAAUAAAACAAAUGAAAUUGAAUAUGAUUUGGAUAGAGAAGAUUUGGAAUGGUUAAAAUUAAUUAAUUUGAUGAGGAAGGAGAAAGGGUACAAUUUUAUUGAUGAUAUUGUUUUGGAAAAGGCUAUUAAUUUGUUGGAAAAGGAAUCGUAUUUUCAGUAUGUGAAAACUGGUCAAACAAAUACUUCAACUCUCCCUUUAACUGAUGAUGAUGCUCUUUGUUGCAUUUGCAAUGAUGCAGAAGAUAGCAAUGCAAACCAAAUAAUUUUUUGUGACAUGUGUAAUGUUGCUGUACAUCAAGAAUGUUAUGGUGUCCCUUAUAUUCCAGAAGGUCAAUGGUUAUGCCGUAAAUGCCAACUUUCACCUUCUGUUGUUGUAAAAUGUGUUUUGUGUCCUUUUACUACUGGGGCGUUUAAACAAACGGCUGAUGGACGUUGGGUACAUGUAAUUUGUGCAAUUUGGAUUAAUGAGGUUCACUUUGCAAAUACUGUUUUUCUCGAACCUGUAGAAGGUGUUGACUUUGCUUUAAAACGUCGAAAGAAAUUAACGUGUAUUGUUUGUAGAAAUAGAAUGGGAGCUUGUUUGCAAUGCAGUCAUAGAAGUUGUGCUCGUUCAUUUCACGUUACUUGUGCAUUUUAUGCUCAUGUCAGAAUGGAACUUAAAGAAAUGAGAACAAAAAAGAAUCCUGAUACAAUUGCUGUUAAUCGUUUUGUUUAUUGCCAUCAACAUUCACACAAUGGCCCAAGUACUGAAGAAACUGCUGCUGCUUGGAAGCGUGAAAUUCAAUGUAAAAUAGCUCAAGCAAGGAAAAGACUUCAUGUAGAGGCCAAAAAACAGAAUAUGUCUGCACCAAUUCCUGUAAUUCCUCAUAACAAGAUUGUCCAAUUAGCUGAUGAUCUUUCUAUUGAACAUUUUUCUGAUAUAACUGCUUAUUGGGCGCUAAAGAGGCAGUCAAGAAGUGGUGUUCCUUUGAUUAGAAGAUUACAGGUUUAUCUCGGUCAGCAAAAGCCAAUUGAAGGACGCCUUUCAAGAGGAAUUGACAUAACAACAACAAAUCGUUUGGGUAUUUCUCCUACACGUGUAGAACAACAAAUUCUUGAAUUACAACAAGGAGGAGGAGGGGACAAUCAAAAUUCUUUAAUGAAAAUGGCAUUACUUCGAAGAGAAUUUGAAAGAGUUCGUCUUUUGAGUGAAUUGGUUAAAAAGAGGGAAAAAUUGAAAAAAGAGUCCUUAUCAUUUGAUGAAAAAUUGCUUUCAAUGAUAACACCUGUUGCAAUUUUAAUUAAAAGAACAUUGGAAAAGCUCAUCUCAAAAGAUCACCAAGAGGUUUAUUUUUUUUAUUUUUAAUUUUUUUUUUGGGAUCAACCUAGGGCUAGUAUCCAGAAGGUCAACUCCCAAAAAGUCAAAUUACCCUGAAGAUCACUUACAAUUAUUUGAGUGGAUAAAGAAGGAUUUGAGGUGGAUUAAGGUGGUUUUGUUUGGAUUAGUCAGAGGCCAGAAUUUCUUUCGUACAAAUAUCAGAAAAGGCAAAAAGAGCG